GUAAACAUUAGACCUGUCAAACAACACAAACGCCAUCUUGACAGCACCCUCAAAAUGGCAGAAAGAUGUGAGCUAGAAACAGAGCCCAAACUAUCAUUCAUACUCUCUGUUAUUUAAAACAAACGCGCCAGUUUCUCCAUUAAACGUGUGGUUAUGGAGUUAGACCCCCUGUUGGCAGCACAGAGCCUGUAAAAUGGACAUACCGACGGCGGUGUUCAACGCCGCCAGAGAUGGUAAGCUGAAACUUAUCCAGAAGUUGCUGAGCAACAAAAGUCCCGAGGAGCUGGAGGCUCUAGCCGAGGAGAAGACACAAGGAGGCACUCCUCUGCUGAUAGCCUCUCGAUACGGACACUUAGAGGUGGUAGACUACCUCCUUGAACAGUGUAAAGCGAGUGUUGAACUCGGCGGGGCGGUGAACUUUGACGGCGAGACCAUCGAGGGUGCUCCCCCGCUGUGGGCGGCGUCAGCAGCCGGUCACCUCUCCGUGGUGAAGACGCUGCUGAAGCACGGAGCCUCGGUGAACAACGCAACGCUAACUAACUCAACGCCGCUCCGAGCAGCCUGCUUCGACGGCCACCUGGAGAUCGUCCGCUACCUGGUGGAGCACAGAGCCAACAUGGAGGUAGCCAACCGCCACGGACACACCUGCCUCAUGAUCUCCUGCUACAAGGGCCACAAGGAGAUCGCCAAGUUCCUCCUGGACCGCGGUGCUGAUGUCAACCGCAAGAGCGUUAAAGGGAACACCGCCCUGCACGACUGCGCGGAGUCAGGGAGCCUGGACAUCAUGAAGAUGCUGCUGAAGUCGAGUGCCCGCAUGGAGAGAGAUGGAUACGGGAUGACCCCACUGCUCGCUGCGAGUGUCACAGGUCACACCAACAUUGUGGAGUACCUGGCCCACCAGCCUCGCACCUCCAGAGAGGAGCGUAUUGAUGCACUUGAACUCCUUGGGGCUACUUUUGUGGACAAGAAGCGGGAUCUCUUGGGGGCGAUGAGGUACUGGAGAAGGGCAAUGGAGCUGAGGCAACCAGGGGAUAAAGCUGGAUCCCUGGCAAAGCCUCCACCUGGUCCUCCUAUACCUGCUUACGGCUGUGCGAAGGAGGUGAGCACUGCAGAGGAACUGGAAGCUCUCAUCACAGACCCAGAUGAAAUGAGGAUGCAGGCCUUGUUGGUACGAGAGCGCAUCCUGGGGCCAUCCCACCCAGACACCUCUUAUUACAUCCGCUACAGGGGAGCUGUGUAUGCUGACUCGGGCAACUUUGAACGCUGCAUCAGCCUGUGGAAAUAUGCUUUAGACAUGCAGCAGAGCAACCUGGACCCUCUGAGUCCAAUGACAGCCUCCAGCUUCCUGUCCUUCGCCGAGCUUUUCUCUUUUGUUCUCCAGGACCGAGCCAAAGGCACCCUGUCGACACGCGUGACCUUUCACGACCUCAUGACUGUGCUGGGGAAAAGUGUGAGGGAGGUGGAGAGAGCUGUGGCGCAGAGAGACAACCCACCAGAGGCUCCUCAGUUCACCAAAGCGCUCUCCAUCAUCCUGCACCUCAUCUUUCUACUGGAGAAGCUGGAGUGCAGCCCGGAGCAGGAGCACCAGAAGAAGCACACAGUGUACCGCCUGCUGAAGCUGAACCCUCGAGGCCGCAGCGGCUUCUCGCCUCUCCACAUGUCCGUGGACAAGGAGACCACGUCUGUUGGUCGCUACCCCGUCGGCCGCUUCCCCUCCCAGGCGGUGGCGGCGCUGCUCCUAGAGUGUGGCGCAGACGUGGAUUCACGGGACAGUGAAAACAACACGCCUCUGCACGUCGCUGCUAACAACGGUUGUCCGGAGAUUAUGGCACUACUCAUGAAGGCCGGGGCUCACUUUGACGCUACGAAUGCACAGAGGAAGACAGCCUAUGAGCUGCUGGAUGAGCAGAGCAGCGGGCACCCGGCCCUCUACCCACUGAACUACGUCACCCUUCAGUGCCUGGCGGCGCGUGCAAUUGAAAAGCACAGACUGCCCUACAGGGGACUCAUCUCUGAGGAGAUGGAGGCUUUCAUUGAACUGCACUGACUUCCACUACUCUCCCCCUGAUGAGGCCCCCCACUGCACUACUCUUCCUGUGGUCUCCCACGCCACAAACUUCCUUCUCCACACUACUCAUCUUUGUCUCCUUUUGGCCUCUUCUUCUCUCCUGGCCCUACCAACCUUGUGUCAGACCCAACCAUAGCAAUAAACAUCCAGCCUCUGGGCUUAAAUCUCUGGCUGUUCUCUGGUCAGUUGCUUGAUUCUAACAUUAUAAAUCACUUUCAAAGUGAUGGUUGGUUUCUAAUGCUAUUUAAAGUUGGGUGAAACUUCAACUUGAUAUAGGCUUAAUGCAUUUUCCCUCUUUUUGUAGAAAGGAGACUUACAGUAUGAUGGUGCUUGUGUGUGUGUUUGGUGGUGGCUUGUACUGUAUGAAAGACGGGUUUCAGUAUUACUGAUGGGAAGCGUCUGAUCAAAGUAGCCAGUGCAUGAAAAUCAAGAGUGAAUAUGGUAGCUCACUUUUGCAAAUUCAUUCAUAAAGGAAGUGUUUUGAACAACCACCCAAACUUGCUCGCUGGUAAUGUUUAGCAUAUUCCACUUCACAUACUGUAUACCAUCUGCUGUGUUUCUUUGAUAUGGGAAGGUGUUUGAAUUUACUGUGCCAAAUGUCAGCCAUGGAGCCGUGUUCUGUUACAGACUGUAAACUGGUGACAAAAAACGACAAGCAACUAACUUAAUAUCUUCCUAAUUAUAAGCAAAAGUAAUAGCCUCAAGUGGAGACGUACAUGAAGAAGAUCAGGAACGUUGAGGAGAAAGAGCUGGUGCUAUUGUUUUGGCUAACACUCCCCUGUCUCCACACAGACGUGUAUUACCUAUGCAGUUUGGGAUAUUCCAAUCAGAGGCAAUGUUUUUCGAGCAAAAAUUCACUACACAAACAGAUUUUACACAGGAUCAUUCUUCAGUUUUACAUGCUUAUCUUACGGCUCAAACCUGGGGCUGCUUCGUUUGACAAUGAAUUGGUAUCUGAAUUUUAUGAACUACGAAUGUUUUCUUAAAACGUCUGCCUAAUGUCCGAAUGAACAAUUUCAAACCAGAGCCUAAAGUGUGCCUCUACUUCAAUGUCAACAUCAACAAAGAUACUCAAUUCACUCAGGCAAAGAAGCAGCGUCAGGACAUUUUGUGAAGAUAACAACAGAGCUUUAAGCCCUCUUGUUUGUAUCUAUGGGGAAGUUUAACUGUCCAAAAUCAUGUGUCAAUUCUGUUCGGAGUGAAUUUUCCCUUUAACCUCAGAUGCAGUUUGCAGAAAUGGAACCCGCCAUUCUGUCUGCAUCUUAGUCUUACUUUUAAUAGUCUCUCUUUUGUUUAUCUUGUGUUAUCAUGAAUGUUUUAUUUGUCUGUCUGUGCUAAGCACCACCUGAGUUGAAUGCACACCGAGAAGCUCUAAAUCCUAAAUGGACAAACUUACAUUCAGACUAUCGACUGUCGCUGCCUUUCUCUUUCUCAACUGAUUCGUUUAACUGAUGAUAACUCAAGAACAAAAGUGCGUUGGAGAUACUUGAAUAAAAUUCAGUAUCGCAACAUAA